CGCCGCGCGACCCCCGCGCAUGCGCCUCGCGAGUGACAAGUGACAGUGCACCCUAAACAUGGCGGCUAAAAUUUACCUACUCUGUUUGGCGCUGACAGUCAGUCUGGCGGCGGGCGCGCGCUCGCGGCCUCGUCUGCAGCAGCCCGUGGAAGACUAUGAAUACGAGCCACAAGGACAGGAGCGCUCGGCUGGAGACCAGGUGGUGCUGGUGUCAGCGGACACCUACGAUGCGCUGUACCGUGCCCAGGACAGACAAGAUGACGAGUAUGAGCCACGAGCCAUCAGCCGGCCCCAACCCCAACCGCGACUGAAGCAGAGAGUCGAGGAGCCCAAACAGCCGCCAGUGCAGACCAUCCGCAACUACAACAAGGUAAAUGACGACGGCAGCUUCACGUUCGGUUACGAGGCGGCCGACGGGUCCUUCAAGGAGGAGACUCGAGGCACCGACUGCGUGGUCCGCGGCAAGUACGGCUACAUCGACCCCGACGGCAACAAGCGCGAGUUCACGUACGUCUCCGGCAAUCCCUGCGACCCCAACAAGCCUGACGAGGAAGAACCAGAAGCCGCGGCACCAGACUCCGGCGAGAGAGAUGAUGGAAUCCCCAACUAUCCCACCAGACCCGCCCACAGACCGACGACCACCCGACCUCCGACUACUUUCUUCCAGAAUGACUUCAGGGAUGCUGAUGAAGACGAAGCCGAAGAAGAACCUCUGCAGCAUAUCAGACAAAGAGUCGUCCAGCGCCCGGCUCCUAGACCGCGCCCCACUUAUACGGCUCAGCCGAUUGCCAUCACUCCUCGUCCGCUGCCCGCGACCACGGCCCGCGCGCUGCCCCCGGCGACCACGUUCAGGCCGCAGCUCGUGCAGGUGACCGCCAAGCCGCAGCUACAGUACAGCCCCGAGCCGGUCUCCUACUCGCCCACCCCCGCGCCCGCGCUCGCUACCAGCGCCCGCCCCGGACAAAUCGACUUCGCCGCCGAAUUUGCCAAGUUCCACCGCGAGAACCAACAACUGCAAUCUACGACCACCGCCACCGGCGCCACUCCGACCAAAUCGACCCUUUCCGCUUCCCCGGCGCCGAGCGGCAACCCUCUCUAUUCUACCGAACUCGUGUACGACCCAUCGAGCGGAUCUUAUAACACGCAGCUGUUCCAGACCCUUCCCCAGACGAAGGGAGAGCUGAACCUGAACCAGCGGCUGCAGCCGUACGUGGCGCAGCCGCAGCACCAGCAGGCGCGGCCGUUCGUGCCCUCGCCGCAGAUCCCGGCCGCGCCCGCGGCGCAGUCCGUGCCGCUGUUCCGACACCAGAUCCAGCACCAGAACCCGCAGGAGGUGUACCAGCGACAGCAGGCGGAGCAGCAGUUCCAGAACUCCGCGCAGCUGUUCGCGCAGCAGCAACAGCUGCAACAGAGCCAGCUGCAGCGCGACCGCGCCGCGGCGCGCGCGCAGGCGCAGCGGCUCGCGCUGUCGCAGCAAGGCCAGGCCGCGCGCCCCGCGCCGCAGUACUACUUCGUGGCGCCGCGCGGCGAGUCCGCAUCCACGGGACAGAUCGACGCCUUCCUCAGAGGGCACGGCAUCCAGUUCUAGUAUCUACUUAUAUUAUUUAAUUUGAGCUAGGUAAUUCACUAUCGACCAAAUGCUCCAGUCCGAAAUGGCCAUAUCCAAACGUACAAGUAACCUUGGUCGCAUAGUACAGUCGUGAGCGGAAGUGUCUUGUAUCUAGUUCGAGGACAGUGGCGGUCGGCCGCACCGUGUACAUAUACGCUGUGUCUAAUCAGUACCUUAUCGUAACGCUAGUGUAGCUGUAGGGUAAUAUAAAUGUAAAAUGAAAAUGAAAGGUUUUUGCGCGUGAUAGUCCACGAACCGCGCUUUGUG